UGUUGUUGUUUUCAUAGUCAGCACAUGCAAACUCCACAUGUUAAAAAUUCUCAUUUUAACAAAUUGAAUGCAUUCUGAAUUGAAUGAGGUAUGAUGAUGUCGUAAAUGCCGUAAAUGAUGUUCCAAAAUGGCUUCUGCUAGCACAGAUGAAGUUUACGAAGAAGUUGAUUUGACGUUUGUGGAAGAUUCGGGCGGAGGAAGAACAGGCUUGUGGGACCCUGAUUUGAGCAGCGACUGGGAGAAAGAAAAACCGAACCAACAAUGCAUCCUUCGAAUAAAACGUGAUAUCAUGACAAUAUAUAAUGAGCCUCCACCAGGAAUGUGUAUUGUACCAGACAAGGAUGAUAUUACCAAGCUCCAUGCUUUGAUUACUGGACCAUUUGAUACACCAUAUGAGGGUGGAUUCUUCUACUUUAUGAUCCGUUGUCCUCCAGAUUAUCCCAUCAGACCUCCACGGGUCAAGCUGCAGACAACGGGUGGGGGAACUGUCAGAUUUAAUCCAAAUCUGUACAGAAAUGGAAAAGUCUGUCUCAGCAUAAUUGGCACAUGGUCUGGUCCUGCCUGGAGCCCGGCACAGAGUCUUUCUAGUGUGCUCAUAUCCAUACAGUCUUUACUCAAUGAGAAACCUUACCAUAAUGAACCUGGAUUCCAUGUGGAGAGGAAUGCAGGCGAUGCAAGUCGAUACAAUGACAUUAUUCGCCAUGAGACCCUGCGAGUGGGCGUCUGUGAUAUGCUGGAGCAGAAGUGCUCAUGCCCCGCUGCUCUUAGGGAGGUGAUGGAGAAAUCCUUCCCAGACUACUACGUCUACUAUGUUGGCAUCUGUGAGGCCAACAAACACAGGCAGGGCGAGACUAUGCAGGACCCCUUUGGUGAGAGAAGAGGUGUGUAUGACUAUAAGACAAUACUCAAAAGACUUGAAAGCAUAAAGCAGACACUAAGUGACAACAAGGAGAGUUCUUCUGAAACACAGUCUUCAGAUUCCGACCAGGAAUCAAGCCAAUCAGAGAGAUGACCAUUUUGUAGUGGGCUUGACCGAAGAUAUUUCUGUGUUCAAACACCAUAAAGGAAAACUAGUUGGAUGGAAGAUGUGUGUGAUAAGACCUGUGAAAUAUCUGCUAUGCUACCUAUAGUGUAAAUUUUUUUCUAGGAACUCUUGCAAAAUAAAAAUUGGAUAUGGAAAACAAAA